UUGACCCCACGACAGUACUCAGGUUACGCUCAGCCUGAGAUGUAUCAGCCAUACCACCCAGUGCGCCCUCCUUGUCUUCCAUAUCCUCAUGUAGAGCCCACCUACAGAGGUCCUAUUCCCACCAUUCCUCAUUUUUGCAGUGAAGAUCCCAGAGAGUUUGCACGACUCAAUUUCACUGGAGAAUUUGCUACCUGCCGAGGCUACAGAACGUUUCACGUACCAAAUACUCGAUCAUCUGAAACAGGAGAAUGCCUUGCUCAUUGCAGACUCGUACGUCAACAGCAGGUACCCAUACACCAACACUAUGAGGUCUCUAACUGCCCUUUAUGGUCAACUACAUCAACUCGCACUACAAAGAAUUGCAGAAUUGAUGGAUGGCCCAAAAAUCAGGAGUGGUGACACAAUCUUUUAGAAUGUUUGCCCUCAAAGUGCAUGCAUUAGUUGGAAUGCUGGACCAACUUGGAGCUAAAGGAUGGACAGAGCUCAAAUGUGGGUCACAUGUUUCACGUCUCCUUGCCAAAUUGCCCCAUGAUCUUAAAGCAAACUUCAGAAGGUUUGUCAACCCCAUUCAGAACCCAGUUCCAACACUGAUAGAACUCAGCGAUUGGCUAGAAUAUGAGCUCAGAAUACAAGAGGAUGAGUCACAGUACGUUAGUAAUGUAAGCAGAGCCUACUCUCAGCCACAGAGAGAACAGCAAAGGAAUUGCAAGCCGGUUCAACGAUUUGCUACUGUCUUGCAUGGUGGCGAACAGAGUAAACCAGCAAGUGUUACAGCAGUCAAGAAGGAGAAACCGACAAAGUACUACCCCGUCUGCAACACUGUGCAGCAUUACUUCAAUCAGUGCGCUAAUUUCAAAUUGCUGAAUCAAGAUCAAGUGGAGUCUUGGCUGAAGGCAAAUCAGAAGUGCUUUAGGUGUGGCUGUGAUCACCAGAUCUCACAAUGUAAUCUUAAAGCCAAAUGUGAAAAGAGACAUUUAGAAAUACUGAAUGACUUCAAUGCCAAAGGUAAACAUGAAACACAAGCUUCAGCAGAAACGGUUGUCUUGUGAACUUGGAAGUAGAGACUUUGUAUAUGGACAGACCAACUGCAGGCAGCAAAGUUCUUUUGAAGGUCAGCCGAGUGAUCUUGAGAAAUGGAGAGAAGGAACUUGACCCAUACGCUAUAUUGGAUGAUGGAUCAGAGAGGAGGACAAUGUUACUGUAUGAAGCAGCACAGCAACUUGAUCUUCAAGGACUUCCUGAAGAUAUAGCCCUCCGUACUGUGAGACAAGACAUACGGGUUGUUCAUGGGGCGGCUGUUUCAUUCUCAGUAGCUUCUGCAUUUCAGCCAAACAAAUUCUUCACCAUUAAAAGAGCUUUUACAGCCAAAGAACUGCGCCUCGCAAAACACAUUUACCCUGGUCUGCCCAUUCCCUCAUUGCAGCAGGCUCAACCACUCUUACUCAUUGGCUCAGAUUAUCCACAUUUAAUCACAGCUACAGAGCCAGUAUGUCUCGGACCUCCUGGCGGUCCUGCCGCUGUGAAAAUCAGACUCGGGUGGACUCUGCAGGGCCCCUCAAACUUCCUUGCCAGUCAUCUCUUACCACAACAGUGUCUAACCUCCACUUUGUCGGCAGAAGCCGAACUGUUCAACAAUGUACAGAAAUUGUGGCAAAUGGACACACUUCCGUAUAGGAGUGAGACACAGAAGCGGUGCAAAUCCUUGGCAGUCGGAGACAUUCAAAGGUAUGCAACACCUCUCCUCUGGAAAAGAAAUCUUCCACCUUUGCAAUCAGCUAAAGAAGCCGUAACAGCCCAGUUAAGAAGCACAGAAAAACGCCUUUUGCAGAACACAGGUCUUGCUUCAGUGAAUGUUAAAGAAGUGCAGAAACUUGAAAAGGCAGGCUAUGUCUCAAAGCUGACACCAGAGGAGACGAAUAAAAGCCGAUGGAAUCAAGGUCCACAGUUCUUAACUCAGUCAGUUAGUAGUUGGCCCAAACAGCCUCAUGAUGUUGUAAGCGAUGACAUCCACGAACACCGCAGUUAUACUUUCUGUGAAGCGCUAUUCUCCAGUCAAACUGAUAUCCCAGAUAUCUCUCAAUACAAUUCACUUCAAGAUCUGAUUAAGGCUACUUCUAUUUCCCUUCAUGGGAUGGCAGACGAAAGUGAACUCUCUGCUGACAACUAUACAGCAAGCUGAACAGGAACUUCUGAGACAUGCUCAAGUUGAAAGCUUCCCAGAAGAAAUAGCCCCACUCCAGUUAGGUAAACCUGCAUCUCAUUCUAGUCGUCUUCUAACUCUAGCCCCAGAGUAUGAUCACAAAGCCAAAUUAGUCCGAGUAGGUGGACGCCUCCGCAGAUGUAAGCACUUGGACUCAGAAACUCUACACCCUAUUGUCUUAGAUCCUGCUCACCCUCUUGUAAUGCUUCUGAUUCAACAUCACGACAACCUCCUGUUACAUCCAGGACCUGAGCGCGUGUUCGCAGAACUGAGACGAACAUAUUGGAUCGUAAAAGGCAGAGAGGCAGUAAAA